AUUUCAGAGUCGAAUAUCGAGAAAGACGAAGCAAGAGCUGUGUUGCCACCCGUAUACAAAUUAAAUCGAAAAAACAAGCAAUCAAAAAUUUUGUUGAUCAAAAAUGUCGCGCGUUACAAAAAGUGAACUGUUGGAAGAGAAUCGAGCAAUGAAAAAUAUUAUGGUACAAAUCCAUAAUAUGACGGCUCCAUUCAUUAAUAUUGAUAUCAACGCAAACGAACCGCCGAAAAAUGACAAAGCACUUUCCGAAACGGGUUCGACAACAAACAAACGAAAAACAGCGACCACCAAAAAUGGAUCGAAAUCAAUUUUACGCCAGGCAGAACAAAAUGCCAAUGAAAAUGCGACCAAGCAACGGCCAAACACAAUCGACGCAACAGAAGACACGACCGACCGACUGAACACAUCAGGUGAAUCGGGCAAAAGCAACAGUGCCGAUGAUUUGUUGGACUAUUUGAGAUUGCGAAAGGUGCCAACGUUCAAUGUUCAACGACCCAACUCACCGAAGGCGCAAUCGAAUCGCAAAUCAUCCAACAUCGCAUCGGUAAAAGUCAAUCCAUUGACACAGAAGCCAGAUAUUCCUGUGGUUCGAGUGGUGAUCGAUCGACUGACUCCGGCACAAAUAAUCAAAGCAUCACAACGCCACUCUGUUUCGUUGAAACGGCUCAACAAUGGCCCCAACAAACAAGAACGCCGCCGGACAUUGCCAUACCGAAAAGCAGCUCCAACUGACCUCAAAGAUAAAUCAAUGCUGGACUUAAGAAAGGAAUUAAACUAUUGAUUAUCAUCGUGAUUGUAUGCAUCAAUAAUGAGUUAAAUUCUUUCAAUAUUUUUUUCUCCAUUUUUUUUUUGAAUAUGGACGUAGCUUUUUAAACAAGUUCCAAAAAGAAUGUUCUGAACCAAAUAAUAUCUCAUACUUAUAAGAAACGUAUAAUUAAAAUGUAUGGUUUAUUUGAAUAGAAUUUGUGGAAUUUUUUUUAAUUGCAUACAUAAAUACAAUUAAAUAGUAUAUCCUCUUCAUUAUUAUGGCGACGAUAAUUGAAUCGGCUGGAUUUGAAUAAAAAUUGAAUGUUUUGCAGCAUAAUCAAAGUAAGCGUUGAAAAAAUUCAUAUGAAUAUUGGCCAUUAACGCCAUCUUUGGGUACUAAGCGUCCAUACCGUUCAACUUGUUCAAAUACUUGAGAGCGCACAUACAUAACAUACACAUACGUGUGCAACCUGUACUAUUCGUGGUGUUACUAUCCAUGUAGACUGUGCUAUGAAAUCGGUGUUGCUGUUUUGAUUUUGACAUCGCAACAAGUCUCAGCUCAUUCAAGCCCAUCGUAGUAUGGUCAAGCAGUUUGUGUUGAUUGCUCGUAACAUCCAGCAAUAUUUUUUUUUUCUCUUCUUCUUCAGUUGACAUUAAUUUGUUUUGGAUGGUCUUGUUCGGUGUGUUCUUCGUCUGUUUCGUGUCCAAUUUGAUAAAUUUUCCAAUUUGAUUUCACAGGAUCGAUACGUUUCGUUGUUCAUUGCAUUGAAUGUUUUUUUUUGUGCGUGUUUUUUUUUUUAUUUUGACAAUUUAAAGAAGAACAUUUAAAAAAAGCAACCAAAGCCGCAAGAAUUCAGUUAAAACUAUUGCAGUAAAAAAUUAGCAUUAAACCAAUCGAAUUUCAUACGGUGAAAUGAUAAAUCAUAGCUUUCUUUUAAACGAAAUGUAUUCAUUGUGAGGUGUACUAAAGAAAUACCGUCUUAAACCAAAAUUGUAUGUGCCAGAAAAAGUGAAAGUUUUUUUUCUUCAUUUUUUUUUCGCUUCCUCUGAAUCUCGUUCGAUGUUGAUUGUUGUUGUAAAUCGCAUUAUUUUCGGUGCGUUCAUCUUUAUUUAAAACUAUAUGAUGCAUUAAAUAGCCAUAGAAUAAACAAAAUAAAAUUAAACGUUGAACAAGUAAUAAUUGGAAUCGUGAAGAAUACACCUUUUCGUUAAUUAGAGUUACUUUGAAAUAUUCAGCCGAAUUGAAGCGAUGAACUGUUGACACAAUCAAACGUUACAAAAAAAAGUCGUUAUUUUUUUUUUCUUUUAUCGAGUGUGUGUUUUCCUUGCGCUGAGUCGUUUUUUUCCGUUGAUUUAUUCGUUUUGAUCCAUUCAUUUUUGACGUUAUACUGUGUGAAAUUACAACAAUGGCAUUAACGCAAGAAACCACAAAGACAAAUUUUAAUUUUGUCAUACGAAAUUUAUUGGCUGGCGGUGUAGCUGGUAUGUGUUCGAAGACAGCCGUAGCUCCAUUGGAUCGGAUAAAAAUCUUGUUGCAAGCACAUUCAAAUCACUACAAACAUUUAGGUGUGUUCAGUGGCCUUCGACAUAUCGUACGCAAAGAAUCACUAUGGGCACUCUACAAAGGCAACAGCGCUCAAAUGGUGCGAAUAUUCCCAUAUGCAGCAACACAAUUCACCGCAUUUGAGUUCUACAAGAGAUAUGUAGGGACAGUGAUACCAACAAAUAGACUCAUCAAAAACUCGGACAAAUUCAUCGCAGGGGCUGGCGCUGGCGUUACAGCCGUGACAUUGACCUAUCCAUUGGAUACAAUCAGAGCGAGACUCGCGUUCCAAGUUACCGGUGAACACAAAUACUCUGGCAUCGUUCACACAGCUCUGUCUGUUAUGAAAAAUGAAGGUGGUAUCCGUGGAUUGUAUCGUGGUUUCGUGCCCACAUUAACCGGUAUGGUUCCCUAUGCUGGCUUUUCAUUUUAUUGCUUUGAAAGUGUGAAAUUCUUCUGCAUGAAAUACGCACCUCAAUAUACCUGCAACAAAUGCGACAAAAAUACAGGCGGCCUAGUUUUAAGUAUUCCAGCAAAACUUUUGGCUGGAGGUUUGGCAGGUGCAAUAGCUCAAUCCUUUUCGUAUCCCUUGGAUGUGACGCGAAGAAGAAUGCAAUUGGCUAUGAUGGAUCCAGAAACCGCAAGAUUUGGAGUUGGAAUGGUUUCGACACUCAAGCACAUUUACAAUGAGAAUGGCAUCGUUCGUGGUCUGUAUCGUGGCAUGUCGAUUAAUUACUUGCGUGCAAUUCCAAUGGUUGCCGUCUCAUUUUCUACAUACGAGGUACUUAAGCAAGCACUGAAUCUUGACACCGGCAUGAAAAUCUAAUUGCAGCCAGUUUUCGGCCAGCGAACAUCAACUUCAAAAGAAAUACUUGUUUUUUUUUUACAAAUGUCAUUCUAUUUAAUUGUUGUUUUAUAAUUUACUUUAAAACUUUUUUUUUCAUUAGAUAUUAUGGUAUAUAUUUUUGUUUCUCUUUGCCUGUUUUUAUGAAAUGACUAUUUAAAUGUUGGAUAUGAAGACAAUGACACAUAGAUCAUUGGUGCAAAAAAUCAGAGACUAUAUGGCAUCACAUUUUUUUUUAGUAUAGGCCGUAGCAGUAGCAAUAGCAGUAGUAGUUAGUGAUCGAAUGAAUUUGCUUCCAGUCACGUCAACCAUAAUUACCUUAUGUAAACAAUUUGUGUAAACAAAAGGUAAACAAGUUGUUUUCCAAUUUUUCAUAUUUUAGUCAUUUUUGGCAGCAUAAUGACCGUUUAUCAAGCAAGCCAACUUCAUUAAUGAAUUGAACAUUUCUGAAAUAAAUUUUGGUUUGUGAAAUGUCAUUAGUGCGAAUGUGAAUUGCACCUUGCUAUAGUAACAUCACACAUUUAGCAGCAAAUGUGCUAAUUAUUGUUAUGUCAUUGAAAUCGAUUACAAAUACGCUGAACUUUAGACAAUGUAUUUUUUAAAAAGAAUUUUGAAGAUUAGGUUUUUGGCCAAUUUUUGCCCAACUCUACAAUUAAUUAUAGGCCAAUUUGAAAAAAGACAAUUAUUUAUGUAGUUAAGUUGUUUUACGCUACAAUUUAAAAUUAUUUUUGGGAACAUUUUUUGGGAAAUUCAAAUCAAUAUUGGAUUAUUUAUGUAGCAUUUUAUAAAAGAAAAACUAUAAUAAAAUGAAAUGUUUAUUUACUGAAAGCAA